AUACCCUCUCCUCUAUUCUAUUCUAACAUAUACCCUCUCCUCUAUUCUAUUCUAACAUAUACCCUCUCCUCUAUACUAUUCUAACAUAUACCCUCUCCUCUAUUCUAUUCUAACAUAUACCCUCUCCUCUAUUCUAUUCUAACAUAUACCCUCUCCUCUAUUCUAUUCUAACAUAUACCCUCUCCUCUAUUCUAUUCUAACAUAUACCCUCUCCUCUAUUCUAUUCUAACAUAUACCCUCUCCUCUAUUCUAUUCUAACAUAUACCCUCUCCUGUAGCUGGUCUGUACCGCUCGGUGCAGGCCCAUCACAGCCAGGCUCGUAGAGAGGGCAGUGCCCUACAGCAGGACACUGGACCUCUGUAUGACUUUAACCUCGACGAGGAGCUGGAGCUGGAGCUGGACGAGGAGACCAUGGAGGCCAUGUUCGGUCAGGACCUGGCCAGCGACACUGACAUCCUGGGCAUGUGGAUCCCAGAGGUACUGGACUGGCCAACAUGGCAUGUGUGUGAGACAGAGGAACGAGACGAGGUGGUAGUGUGUGAGUUGUGUGAGGCUAGCGUUGCCAACUUCAACCAGCACAUGAAGAAGAGCCACCCUGGCUGCGGGCGCAGCGCCAACCGACAGGGUUACCGGAGCAACGGCUCCUACGUAGACGGGUGGUUCGGAGGGGAGUGCGGCAGCGGGAACCCCUACUACCUCCUCUGUGGUAGCUGUCGGGACAGACACCUGGCGGUGAAGAGUAAAACCACAGUCCCCGUGACGGAGAGGUCAGUGGCGGACAGAAGGUAUAAAGGACUGGCCCCGGACCUCUUGGGGAAGCAGGACAGUGUCUAUGAAGAGGAAUGGGACAUGCUGGAUGUUGAUGAGGAUGAGAGGUUAACUGGGGACGAGGAGUUUGAGCUGCUGGCGGGACCGUUGGGUCUGAGCGAGCGCCGGGUCGUCCCAGAGGCCGUCCAGUUCCCCGACAGUGACCCCCUUGGAGCGUCCGUAGCCAUGGUGACCGCCACCAACAGCAUGGAGGAGACUCUGCUGCAGAUAGGCUGCCAGGGCGCGGUGGAGAACAGCUCCUCGGGCAGGGUGACUCUGGGGGAGCAGGCCGCAGCGCUGGAGAACCCCCACGACAGGGUCAUGGCUCUGAGGAGAGUGACCUCUGCAGCGCAGGUCCUACUGGCCAGGACCAUGGUGAUGAGAGCCCUGUCUCUACUCUCUGUCAGUGGUUCUAGCUGUAGCCUGGCAGCAGGGUUGGAGUCUCUGGGUCUGACAGACAUCAGGACCCUGGUCAGACUGAUGUGUCUGGCUGCAGCAGGGCGAGCCGGCCUCUCCACCAGCCCCACAUCUGGAUCAGGGGCCUCAGAGCGGCCCCGCGGGGCCACCAAGGCCAGCAAACCUAUCUCCUGUCUGGCCUAUCUCAGUACGGCUGUGGGUUGUCUGGCCUCCAACAGCCCCAACGCUGCCAAGCUGCUGGUCCAGCUCUGCACACAGAACCUGAUCUCGGCGGCAACGGGGAUGAACCUGACCACGGUAGACGACUCCGUCCAGAGGAAGUUCCUCCCCAGCUUCCUGAGGGGCGUGGCCGAGGAGAACAAGCUUGUGACGUCACCCAAUUUCGUGGUCACCCAGGCCCUCGUGGCCCUACUCGCUGAUAAAGGGGCCCGGCUCAGACCCAACUAUGACAAGGCUGACGCGGAGAAGAGAGCAGGUUUAAUUGCACAUUUGUAUACCCAUCCUUCCUAUCAUCCCACUGCUGUAGGACCUCUGGAGCUGGCCAACGCGCUGGCUGCUUGCUGCCUGUCUUCUCGUCUGUCCUCGGGACACCGGCAGUGGGCCGCUCAGCAGCUGGUCCGCACGCUGGCCGCUCACGACAGAGACAACCAGAGCCGGCCGCAAACCUUUGCCGACAUGGCGGGUGACCUGCGCAAGUGCUCUUCUGUGAAGUUGGAGGCUCACCAGAGCAGGGUCAUCACGUGUGGUUGGUGCGGCAGGAAAGGCCUGCUGGCCACCAGCGGUAACGACGGAACAGUUCGGGUGUGGAGCGUUACUCAGAACCAGUACACCCUCCAACUGACCUGCGUCUUCAACAGGACUGCUGGUUCUCCAGAGGAGGGUGGGCAGUGUCUUGGUUCCCCAGGGGACCCCAGUCUGUCUCCUCUGGUCUGGAGCGUCACAGGGAAAUACCUGGCAGCUGCCAUGGAGAAACUAGUCAACAUCUGGCAGGUCACCGGUGGUAAAGGUCUUCUGGACGUGCAGCCCCACUGGGUGUCAGCUCUGGCCUGGCCGGAGGGAGAAGCAGUGUCCCUGUGGUGCGGGGAACCCAAAGAUGUGUUGCUGGUAGGACGUAUGGAUGGAUCCCUGGGCCUUAUAGAGGUCCACGAUGCCUGCACCAUGCGGCGCACUGAGCUGGAGCACUGCUACCGGAAAGAUGUGUCAGUGAUCCACAUCGCCUGGUACAGUGAGGACAGGCCGUUCGCCGUGGGCUACGCUGACGGCAAGCUGCUGAUUGGCACCAAAGAGCCUCUGGAGAAAGGAGCGGUCGUGGUCAUCGAUGCCCAUAAGGUCACCACUAUCUCUAUAUAAUAAUAUCACAUUAUA